AGCGAAGCAUCUGUUGGUGACUUCGUAGAAAAAUAGAAAACUGCAAAAUACAACCGUUAUAGCAAGCACAGAAUAAUAGAAUUAGCUACUGGAGAAAUUUAAAGAUGGUGGUAUUGCAGACAUUUGGACUAGCAUUUGCGCGUAAAGCUAGUUACAUUAUAUUUGCAUAGCGACGAAGAUGCAAGGGGGAAGCUGUCAGAUAUACGAUAUGCUAUAAUAUAAGCCAAUAACAUGGCGUAUUCCGAACUUGUAUCAAAGAGGAGCGUUUUCCGGCACUCCAAUGAACGUGAUUCUCCCCUGCCCAUGCCCCCAGUCCUACCACCCAGGCUGCGAUGCCGGUUUUUUGUUAUAAGAUCCUUGCAGGAUCGUCGCUUAGAAAUGUCUCGAGUUAUUCAAAUGAAAAGGAACUGAUUGCUGCUUAAGCUCAGCGCUUGCAUUUAGAUUAAAAAUGAAGGGAGAAAUGCUAGAGCUAAUGAAGACAAAUAAGAACAGCUGUAGGUUUAUAAAUAUUCACGCACCCGAAUUAUGAAGAGUGGAUUCUGCACAAAUAACUUCCGUGAAAUAGUACCUUUUCUGAGUGUAUGUUGAAGUUUGCCAAAAACUCGUCUGCCUUAAGUCCAUGACAAAUAGCAACAAUUUCCACAAAGUUAUUUCUUCAAAGGUUCAGUCUUAAAGUGAUGUGAACGAACAGAUGUGUAAUAUUUGGCAACAGUUAUGUUUAUCUUUCCAAUCUUGAAUUCUAUAAAGUCUACGUGAAAUCGCAUUUUGCAGAACUUGAGCAGACCAAUUAGUGGCAAUGGAUCAAAAGGUGUUUCUGAAAGGAGUUUUGCUCAUGUGCAUCAUAAUUGCAGAGUUUUACACCAUAACGUUUGGCCAAGAAAAUCGGCCAAGAGACUGCCAGUCCCUUCGCACUGCCGGAGUGUCUACGAGCGGUGAAUACACGAUAUGGAUCAACGGUGUCACCCCUACAAUUGUCUAUUGUGACAUGGUGACUGAAGGAGGUGGGUGGACCGUGUUCCAGAGACGACAAGAUGCAAGCACCGUGUUUUAUAGGAACUGGAAUGACUAUAAGAUUGGAUUCGGAAAUGCAAGCCGAAAUUUCUGGCUUGGCAAUGAUGCAAUCAGUGAACUGACAAAGGAGGGUGUUUCCAUGCGAAUCGACAUGACCUUGGCUGAUGGCCGAAAGUUCUACGCUCGCUACUUGAACUUCAAAGUUGGAACAGAAGCAAAUAAAUACAAGCUUGAGAUAUCAGGGUUCUCUGGGAAUGUUCAAGACAGCUUCGGUACACGCCAUAACGGCAAAGUUUUCAGUGCCAAGGACAGAGACAAUGAUAAUGACAACGAGCAUUGCGCUCAGUUUUAUAAAUCUGGAUGGUGGCAUGACAGCUGCUUUUCUGCAAAUUUGAAUGCAUUGUAUCCUAUAGAUUCUAAUGGAGGAGAUAUGUACAUCAACUGGAUGGGUAUACUUGGAACAGCGAUCACUGUCACUGACAUGAAGCUGCGAGGGCGAAAAGAUUGCCAGACAUUGUUGCUAGAAGGAAACAGGGUAAGCAAAGAGUAUACAAUAUGGACCAAUGGCUUGACACCAAAAACAGUGUACUGCGAUAUGGAUACCGACAAUGGAGGCUGGAAUGUCAUCCAAAGAAGAAAGGAUGCAAACACAGACUUUUACAGAACAUAUAAUGAUUAUAAACAAGGGUUUGGUGACAUUCACGGAAAUUUCUGGCUUGGCCUGGAUACUAUAAAUGCAUUAACUGCUCAUGGAUAUACGUUACGAGUCGAUAUGAAGGAUGCCAAUGGGCAGCAAUGGUACGCUCAAUACAAGCUUUUUCAAGUGGGAAACAGCGCAGCCAAUUACAAACUGACUGUCUCUGGAUACACCGGAAAUUCAGGAGAUUCCCUGACCAGUCAUAAUAAUGCUCAGUUUAGUGCCAAGGAUGCAGACCACGACUCUUGGUAUUUCAAUUGCGCCACAACGAACCAAGCUGCUUGGUGGUACAAAAGCUGUUUCGAUUCUUCGUUGAACUCUGCUUAUCCAACUGGCUCUGGAGGACAAUUCAACCAAAUGACUUGGCUGAAUGACUUAGGUUACGGUACAAUUAAGUUUUCAGAAAUGAAGGUCCGAAAAAACUUCACAAUUACUCCACCACCGACAACAACACCGGUUAGAACCACUUCUGCACCUAUAACAAAGCACACUGCUUAUGUAAGUGGCUGCAGAAGUUACCGAGUGUUGUCAGAUGAAGCUAGAUUAUACACGGAGACAAACAGUCGCAAUUCAACAUGUGACAGUAAAUUACAUGGCUGGUACAGAUUUAUGUACAACGCAGGCAACAAACUGCUAGAUACAUGCCCCGCUUCAAUUGGAGGCUCGCGUCUCUCUUGUGGAUCUGAAUGGCAAGGUUGGCUUGAUGGUCUUCACCCAACAGAAAAUGAAAGAGAGGUCAAUAGGAGUGUCUGCUUUUCAAGAUACGAUAACUGCACGUGUGAUUAUAGUACGACAAUAAAAGUGAGAAACUGCGGUCAGUAUUAUGUGUAUUACCUGAAUAGAGUGCCAAAGUGUCCUCAGAGGUAUUGCGGAGCCAGAGAUAAAAGAGCGACUGUAUCCUGCACUGACAACUUCAUCCGAGUUGAGCUGGACAAGAAAUAUUUCAAUGCCUCGCUUUACGGAAGCAUAACCCUGCGCGAUAACACAUGCACGGCCUCGUAUUCAAAUGGGAAAAUAAUUCUAGGCAGCUUACCAAGUUCAUGCGGCGCAACGAUGACUGAGACGCCAAACGAGAUCAUAUAUGAGAACAAGAUUAUUAUGAAAGCGAGGAUGAGUGGAGCAGAAGUGAUUUCCCGUAAUCAUGAUCAAUCAAUCAAUAUCAGAUGUGUUUAUAAAAGGAGUGGGUUCGUGGGUGUAUCUUUCGAUCCUAUCAUGAGCUAUAGUGGGUUUGAAGCUGGGAUCGGAAAGUUCCAGUUCAAUUUUGCCAUGUACCAAAGCGAACAGUUUCUGAGCCGCUACUACGCAUACCCGGUUAAAGUAAAUACACGAGAUCGCUUGCACUUCCAGAUGUCUGCCAUUGUAGAGGACAGUAGACUUGAGUUAUUGAUUGACCAAUGCUAUUCAACGCCGAAUAUGAACAAACAUACCACAACAAAUACAUGAUCAUCAACAAUGGGUGUCCAACUGACAACACUGUUGCAUUUCACGGAAGUAAAGCACAAUUCCAAAGAUUCAGCAUGGAUGCUUUCCGUUACCUCAGCAACACGACAACUGUAUUUAUUCACUGCCUCGUUUUCCUGUGUCACAAGUCGUCUA